GUCUCAUUUGGAUAUACGUCAUCAGACCGAUCCUACCGAUCUGAAGGAUAUGCAUGUAUGCAUUGUCAUCUGGAGAAGGCUGCCUCAUGCCGGUGCAGUCAUGUCUCAAGAUGGGGCGAUCCUGCAAAGUAGGCAAAUGAACACAGCAGGUCGGGGUGACAUCUAAAAGGCCAGUCAGACCGGUCAAGCUGGUCUUAUACUCCGAAGACCUCUAGCCUUAUUGAGUGUUGUCGCCAGUAUGCAUGAGCCCUUGCAUUGAUUGGCGUCAAUACUCCUAAUGCCAGCACAGCAAUCACCGCCUCAUGACGCAUACUUUUUAAGCAGUCAUGUAUCUUAAGGCGAGUUCAACUUCACUCAGCCUUUGAAUAUAUGAAUCCAGAUUCGCGUUUCGAAUACACCAGUGUCCUACCCACACGGUAGUGCGGUUACGAGUCGAGUCGAAUAUGGACGCCGAGUUAUCCAGUUGUUAUACGACUUCUGAGGAGGCGACAGAACAAGAUGAAGCCAUAGACUAUCCUGAAGGAGGUCUCGAGGCAUGGCUGGUCGUCUUCGGGGCAUGGUGCGCUAUGGUUCCAGCUUUGGGCAUGAUGAACACCGUGGGGACUCUUCAUAUCUGGACCAGCACUCAUCAGCUCAAAGACUACCCGGAGUCAAGCUAUGGCUGGAUUUAUGGUGCAUAUGGUUUCUUCCUCUACUUUGCAGGGGCGCAAAUAGGACCGAUCCUGGACGCGUGGGGACCAACCUACAUUAUCACCCCCGGAUCUAUCGGAAUGAUUGUGGCGUUGGUAUGCUUCAGUGUCAGCAAUGUAGAAUACUACCAGAUCUUCCUCUCCUUCAGCGUCUUGGGCGGCUUAUCAGCAAGUGCCCUGUUCACCCCGGCAAUUGCAGCAAUUGGACACUGGUUCAAUGUCCGCCGAGCAUUCGUCACUGGCCUUGCUUGCACAGCUGGCGGACUGGGAGGUGUAGUAUUCCCUGCGAUCAUCUACUUCACGGCACCUAAGAUCGGAUUUGGAUGGACGAUCCGGAUCAUCGCACUCUUGAGCGCUGUUCUGUGUGUCAUCGCGUGUUUCUUGAUCAAGACCCGGCUACCACUCGGCAAGGAAACCGGGGGCAGUGCACUAGCAGAUUUCAGGGCAUUGAGUGACCCCAAGUAUGCCGUCACAACGAUCGCAAUCUUCCUGGUGGAGUUCGCUGUAUUUGUGCCCACCACAUAUCUCUCGGCAUAUGCAGUCCACGUCGGGUUAAGCAACACAGUAUCGUAUUUGCUGAUUGUAUUUCUGAACAUCGGAUUGAUUCCUGGGCGCCUGCUGCCCGGCCUAGCUGCUGACCGGUUAGGACGGUUCAACAUGAUGGUCCUCACCUCCUUGGUAUGCGCGAUCUUGACUCUUGCAUUAUGGUACAAGUCCGGAAGCAGCCUAGGCGCAAUUGUCUGCUAUGCUGUACUCUUUGGAUUCUGGAGCGGGACUGCGAUGAGCCUGUCCCCGGUCUGCAUCUCUCAGAUCUGCGCGACAGAAGACUAUGGAACUCGAACCGGCACGACGUACACCAUCGCCAGCAUCGGAGUGCUCACGGGGAUCCCGAUUGCCGGGGCGAUCCAGCAACGCGAUCACGACGAGUAUGGCGGGCUCAUUAUCUUCGCGGGGGUGCUGUAUCUUUCGGCCGCAGCCGCAUUUGCCGUGGCUCGAGGAAUUUGCAGGGGUUGGUCGUUAAAGACCAGGUUCUGA